UUUACAAACAAAACAUAUGCAUUCUAGCUUAAUUUUUUUUUUCAAGUGGUGGUUAAUCACUUGACAGUCCAUUUCCCUGCAUCUUUGUACCAAAACUUUUUAUGUUUCUUGACAUGCUCUUUUUUCUGCUCCUAUUUGUCCAUUCUGGUUCAUAACCAAGCUCCUAACUUCCCCUUAACAAUAAAAGCCAUCCUAAACCAUGUUAAUUGGCUCAUCAUUUUCUCAUGAGUUCAUCUAAUGUGUACUUACUUUCUCUUCUCUGUUACCUUCUUGACCUUGCAGGUAACCAGGAUAGCCACAAUCCUUAUUUUGGUGGCAAUCUCGGGUCUAAGAGGAGCUGAGGCCAGGAAAGGAAGGACACUGGAGUCCUUUGAGUACACAGCUAUAAGUUGCAGAGGCCACACUGCAUCAAUAACAGAUUUUGGAGGAGUUGGUGACGGGAAAACAUCAAAUACUAAAGCAUUUCAGGAUGCAGUUAAUCAUCUCAGCCAGUAUGCAUCCGAUGGGGGGGCUCAGCUGUAUGUUCCUGCUGGACAAUGGCUGACUGGUAGCUUUAGCCUCACUAGCCAUUUCACUCUUUAUCUUCACAAGGAUGCUGUUCUCCUUGCUUCUCAGGAUAUGAGCGAGUGGCCUGUUUUGAAGCCAUUGCCAUCGUAUGGUCGAGGAAGGGAUGCAGCUGCCGGAAGGUUUACCAGCCUCAUUUUUGGAACUAAUCUCACCGACGUCAUUGUUACAGGGGCCAAUGGUACAAUCGAUGGUCAAGGUGCAUUCUGGUGGCAAAAUUUCCACAAGGGCAAACUGAAAUACACCCGACCUUACCUAAUCGAAUUCAUGUACUCUGAUACAAUUCAGAUAUCAAAUUUAACUCUUCUCAACGCCCCAUCAUGGAAUGUUCAUCCAGUUUACAGCAGUAAUAUUCUUGUACAAGGCAUUACCAUCAUUGCUCCUAUCACAUCUCCAAAUACGGAUGGCAUCAAUCCUGAUUCUUGCACAAAUGUUAGAAUUGAGGACAGCUACAUAGUCUCAGGAGAUGACUGUAUAGCAGUGAAGAGUGGUUGGGAUGAGUAUGGCAUUUCAUUCGGGAUGCCCACCAAACAAUUAGUCAUCAGGCGGCUGACAUGCAUUUCUCCUUACAGCGCAGCCAUUGCGUUGGGAAGCGAGAUGUCGGGUGGAAUCCAGGAUGUCAGAGCAGAAGACAUCACCGCCGUCCACACAGAAUCUGGGGUCAGGAUCAAGACUGCUAGAGGAAGAGGAGGGUUCGUGAAAGACAUAUACGUGAAGAGAAUGACUUUGCACACCAUGAAGUGGGUGUUUUGGAUGACAGGAAACUAUAAAGCGCAUGCUGAUAAUCACUAUGACCCCAAUGCACUGCCCGUGAUUCAAGGGAUCAAUUACAGAGACGUCGUGGCGGACAAUGCGUCGAUGGCGGCCAGGUUGGAAGGAAUUGAAGGUGAUCCUUUUACGCAGAUCUGUAUAUCGAAUGUCACCAUUGGACUGGCAGCCAAGGCUAAGAAGGUGCCAUGGACUUGCACUGACAUUGAGGGGAUCACAAGCGGAGUAAGCCCUCGGCCAUGUGGCCUGUUACCUGACCAAGGGCCGGGAAAAAUUACAGCUUGCGACUUUCCGCCAGAGCCAUUGUCCAUUGAUAGGGUGGUGCUCAAAAGUUGUACCUAUAGGGUGAAUUAUAUGUGACUGAUACUAGCAACGUAGAACUAAGUUGGUUGCUAGAUGUAGUUAGAGUUGUUGCAGUUGGGACCUCUUUUAGUCUAUCCUCAAUGUUGCUGUUUCUUAUCUUAUGAAGAGUUACAUUAUAUUUUAUGUAAAGUGGUAUCUAGCUUUUGUCC